AUGCAGUCCGCCGUCCUCCUCCGUGCUGCUGCUCGCAGCGCCUCCAUGACCGUCGCCCGCGCCAGCGUCGCCGCCCGCCCUGCUCCUCUCGUGGCCCGCUCCGCCGUCAUGAGCUUCAGCACCACCGUCCCUCGCCGAUCCGGCCACGAGGAGACCUUCGAGGAGUUCACUGCCAGGUUCGAGAAGGAGUUCGACAGCGUCCAGGAUGUUUUCGAGCUGCAGCGCAACCUCAACAACGCCUUCGCCUACGAUCUCGUCCCCUCACCCGCCGUCGUCGCCGCAGCUCUCAAGGCCGCCAGAAGGGUAAACGACUUCGCUACCGCUGUCCGAAUUUUUGAGGGCAUCAAGUCCAAGGUCGAGAACAAGGGCCAGUACGAGCAGUACCUCGAGGACCUCAAGCCCCUGCGAGAGGAGCUCGGUAUCCCGCUGAAGGAGGAUCUGUACCCCGAGUCACAGUAA